AUGGACUCCGCAGCGCUAGGAGAAGCGCCUUUGCCGCUGAACUCGCAACAGAACGCCCCAAGGCUCUGUGAGCGGUCAAACGCAAACCGUUUAUACCCCCCGGGACUGCGCGGCAAGCAGGCCCCCGAGUCCCUGCCUACGGACUUCCGCAACGAGCCCGAUGUGAGGGGAGGGCGUCUCAGCGAGGAGCGGGCCCAGGGCCUCCUGCACGUUUCUCCCCUUUCUGACACGGACGCGCUGGAGACAGGGCUGCCUCGUCCUGGCAGCCGGCACGGCCUGAGGCAGAUGGCAGAGCUGCACGAGGGAGCCGAGGGAAUCAGGGAUGGGGUUCAGGUCCGCACACCCCGCUGUGUGAGCGUGCCGGGGACCUGCGAGCGAGAACGCGACGCGGCCGCGCCCAGCCCCAGCCCGCCCCGGAGAUCUUGCCGGACCCCCACGGCCCUGUGGGCUCUUGGGGGCCAGCGUGGCAUGUUCGAGCAUAUUGAUCUUAGGCGUUCAAAGACCUCAGUUCGCAGUCCUCCGCAUCCCACACAUCCCGCUGGCUUCCCCUUGCGGGUCUCCGUCUUGGAGGGUGGGGAUCGGUCAAGGCCAGGACUGGUGAACGUGGGCUGCGGCCCGGCUGAGGAGCGUGUCCUCCUUACGGGCUUACACGCUGUCGCUGACAUUUACUGUGACAACUGCAAAACCACGCUGGGCUGGAAAUACGAGCACGCCUUUGAGAACAGCCAGAAAUACAAAGAGGGCAAGUUUAUCAUUGAGCUCGCCCACAUGAUCAAAGACAACGGCUGGGAGUAG